ACGUCAAUAUCCAAAAAUGGUUGAUGACUUUCAUAUAUUGCGGUCCAACUUUAUCAACUCGUAUCUAAGAAUAUUGUUUUAUUGUCUGGGUAAUGUUUAUUCAUGUCGAUUACGAAACUAGUGUACGCGUAGCACGCGCGAGAUUAAACGGCAAAAAUAUUGUCAAGGUAACGCUUAACUCAUAACUGUGAUGUAAGCAAUAACAAACAGUCGAAAAAUAUUGGCCAGUCAUAUUAUUUUGAUAUUUGUGUCGAGUCAUUUUAUCUGUGAUUUUACGGGAGUGUUUAGCUAUGUUAUCUUCUACUAUAAGUGCCGUAGUGCAUUUGUAUUCCUCACUUCAAGGAGUACAGACGAUUGGACGAGCUCUCGGCAGUUUAUUACCUUACAGCACCAUGGUUGGAUCAAACAAGAUUAACUUUAACACACCACAUCUAAAAACAGGUGACCCCCUCCCCCCCUACACGGGCAAGCUCCGCCUGUACAACAUGCGGUACUGCCCGUACGCACAGCGCACCGUCCUCGCCCUGAACGCGAAGAACGUCGACUAUGAAAUCGUAAACAUCGAUCUCAUGGACAAACCUGAAUGGCUCACCUCCAAGAGUGCCUUUGGAAAAGUACCAGCCCUAGAAAUAGCAGAAAAUCUAACAAUUUACGAGAGUCUGGUGACCGUGGAGUAUUUGGACGAUGUGUACCCGCAGCGACCUCUCCUUCCUAAGGACCCAGUGAAGAAAGCCAUUGACAAGAUCAUCGUUGAAGCUAUAUCACCGAUCCACGCCGUAUACUUCAAACUGGUGAGAGGACCAGACACAAUCACGGAGGACAACAUCACCGCUUACUACAAGAACUUGACCUUCAUCCAGCAAGAGUUGCAGAAGAGAGGCACCAAGUUCCUCGAUGGAGACCAGCCUGGGUACGCAGACUACAUGAUCUGGCCCUGGUUCGAAAGGCUCCACGUCAUGGACCAUGAUCUUGCGAAACUGGACAAACAAAAAUACAAGUUAUUGGUGGAGUACAUCGACAAUAUGUUCAAAGACCCUGUUGUGGCUGAAUACUUAUUGCCAAAGGAAGCUUUACUACAUUUCCAAAACCAAUACAAGGUGGGAAAGAAACCUGAUUACGACUAUCUGAUCCAAAAGUAAUUUUGCUGACAUUUUAUUAAUUUUUAAGCAUAACUAAGUAUUACUACUAAUACUAUGAAGGUCCACAAAACAUGUACAAAGCAAUCAAGUACUAUUGUUUUUAAAUUGAUUAUAUUUUGAUAAUAAAUAUUUUUUGUUGCAUA